AUGGCUGCUGCUGCCGCCUUAGCACCAGCCCCUUCUCUCCGGUUCAACCCCUACUCAACCCUCCGGUUCCUCUCCUUCUACCCCCGAACCCUAGUUCAACCACAACCGCCAACUUUCCCGCCAUUUCUUCCCUGCUCGUCCCGGUUCUCCGGCGCCGGUCCAGCAGUCCCUCGCCGGAGGUCCUUCUGCACCGUCAUCUCCGGAGCUCUCCACUCCGGCGGAGGAGCCGCCGAGAGGACGAAACCGGAAAUUGCAGAAAGUUGGAGGCCGGAAAGCGGCAACAACAGAGUUGGGGAGUUCAGGAAGAAGCUGAAGGUUGUGGAUAUCAAAGGCGGGCCCGACGAAGGGCUGGAGCGGUUGGGCCAGAGUUUGGUGGUUAUGGGUUGGGUUCGGACUCUUCGAGUCCAAAGCAGCGUUACAUUCAUUGAGGUUAAUGACGGGUCGUGUCUCUCAAACAUGCAAUGUGUAUUGGGUUUAGAUGCUGAAGGUUAUGAUCAGGUAGAAUCUGGCUUGAUCACUACUGGUGCUUCAAUAUGGGUGCAAGGGAUAUUAGCUGCCAGCCAAGGAUCAAAGCAAAAAGUGGAAUUGAAGGUCAAGAAAAUUGUUGUGGUUGGAAAGAGUGAUCCUUCAUAUCCCAUCCAAAAGAAAAGGGUCAGUAGAGAAUUUUUGAGAACAAAAGCUCAUCUUCGGCCAAGAACAAAUACUUUUGGUGCGGUCGCAAGAGUGAGAAAUGCUUUGGCAUAUGCUACCCACAAGUUUUUCCAAGAAAAUGGAUUUGUGUGGGUCUCAAGUCCCAUAAUUACUGCUUCAGAUUGUGAAGGAGCAGGCGAACAAUUCUGUGUGACUACUUUGAUUCCAAGCACCAGAGAAGCCUCUCAUUCUCCUGUGGAUGGUAUUCCAAGAUUGAAGGAUGGCCUAGUUGAUUGGUCACAAGAUUUUUUCGGGAAGCCAGCAUUCUUGACUGUCUCUGGCCAACUCAAUGCUGAAACCUAUGCUACUGCUCUUUCUGAUGUGUAUACAUUUGGCCCCACAUUUCGAGCUGAAAAUUCCAACACUUCCAGGCACCUGGCUGAAUUUUGGAUGAUUGAACCGGAACUUGCAUUUGCUGAUCUCAACGAUGACAUGGCCUGUGCAACUGCCUAUCUCCAGUACGUAGUGAGACACGUCCUUGAAAAUUGCAAGGAAGACAUGGAAUUUUUCAACACUUGGAUUGAGAAAGGAAUCAUAGAUCGAUUAAAUGAUGUGGCACAUAAAGACUUCGUGCAGUUGACUUAUACUGAUGCAGUUGAACUUCUUCUCAGAGCAAAUAAGAAAUUCGAAUUCCCAGUCAAGUGGGGUUGUGAUAUGCAGAGUGAGCAUGAACGUUAUUUAACUGAGGAGGCUUUUAGCGGAUGCCCUGUAAUUGUCAGAGAUUAUCCGAAGGACAUCAAAGCAUUUUAUAUGCGGCGAAAUGAUGAUGGGAAGACUGUUGCAGCUAUGGAUAUGUUGGUUCCCCAGGUUGGCGAGCUUAUUGGUGGAAGCCAGAGAGAAGAGAGGCUUGAAUAUCUAGAAGAAAGGUUGGAUGAAUCAAAGCUGAAUAAGGACAACUACUGGUGGUAUCUUGAUUUGCGUCGUUACGGUUCAGUUCCUCAUGCGGGCUUUGGAUUGGGUUUCGAAAGACUUGUACAAUUUGCAACUGGGAUAGAGAACAUCAGAGAUGUUAUCCCUUUUCCCCGGGCACCUGGUUCAGCUGAAUUUUGA